AUGCACUUGGGUUAUCACUCCACUUGCACCCACUCUCUCUCCCUCUCUCCUCAUCCAACACUCACUUGCUGCUACAAAAUCAUGGCAGACAGAAACAGCCGGGUCAGUGUUAAGCGGAAGGAGAAGAAAACGGAAAACAAACCCACUGAUGAGAAGGAGAAAGAAAAGACAAAAGGUGGGAAAAAGCAGCAGGACAAAGUUGUGAAAGAGCCAGAGAAAGCUCCUGCUCUGGUGGAAGAGGAGAAGAGGAAUGGGGAAGCUGGAGGGGCAGCAGGCGAAGAGGUGAAGAAAAGCGAUGGAAACGGAGAGUUCGUGCCUUUCGAACUGCCGCCGUUUGAGAUCGUCACAGGGGAACAGAUGAGCCCGUUCUACUUCAAGUUCCAGUUCAGGAAUGUGGAGUACUCAUCCGGGAGGAACAAGACCCUGCUGUGCUACAGAGUGGACACGCCAGGAGGCACCACAGAGCCUUUGAAAGGUUAUCUGGAGGAUGAACAUGCCACAGCUCACGCCGAAGAGGCUUUCUUUCAGCAAGUGCUCCCUAACAGUAACACCUCCCAGGAAUAUGAUGUCACAUGGUACAUGUCUUCUAGUCCCUGUGUGGCUUGUUCUGCUAAGCUGGCCAACGUCCUCCAGCAGCGCAAAAAGGUCCGUCUGUGUAUAUUUUGCUCCCGCCUCUUUGAGUGGGAAGAGCCAGAGAUAGUAGAGGGCCUCAAGGCCUUGGUGAACGCUGGCUGCAAAGUGAGGAUGAUGAAGCCCUCUGACUUCCUGCAUGUUUGGGAGACCUACGUGGAGAAGGAGGACCAGACCUUUACACCCUGGGAGGACUGUCAGGAAAACUACAACUAUUAUGUGGAGAAACUGGCUGAUAUCCUCAAGUAGAUGUUCGCGUGUAGACAAGAUUUAUCCACAACUGAAAUAUGUGCAGGUUGAACAUGAAUUUCCGACUGUCACAUCUGAAUGUGCAAACAAUGUCAAGUUACAAUGAACAAUUGCAGUAACAUAUUUUUUUAUUUCAUUGAUGAUUUCAUUGGAAAAAACAGAACGUUUUGUUCGAGCCUGUUGAUUUUUUUCUACGAUGGAGUUAUUUGUCACAUAUCAAUAGGUCAACAAACUGCUGUUGGAAUUACAUUAACAGACCAUUGGAAAUUUAUCAGAUGUACUCUACUGCCAUCUGGGGUUUGUAUGGGGAAUUGUGCAUACACUGACAGCCGUUAGUUUAUGUUUAAAAAAAAAAUACACUGUAUUAUAAAAUAUUCUAAUCCUGCCUAUCAAAUUCUCAGGGCAUUGAAUUGAUCGCAACCCGGUUGUCUUAGAAGACAUCCGAGCAGGCUUCAUCAGUUCCUGCUCAACGACGAGGUAGGACAGCUCUAGUAUGACUAGAUAGGAAAGCGCUAAUCUUUCUAACACAGCCUGAACAGUCCAGUUGUGACCGACUCAGUGCCCUGAGAAUACAAUGACCUGGCUGAAUGAGAAUAUUUCCAGGCAUGUACCUAACAAGUGAAUUCAUCAAUGCAGUAUUGUUAUUUUUCAAUAAAAAAGAACAUACAAUUUUACAAUUCUAAGAAA